UAGCGUUGCUUGUUGCUUUCUCUCCAUUCUCUUUGACGAGGUAGAUACGAAUCAAGCCUCGUUAUAGAAUCGGCAAAGUUAAUUUCAAAGUGCAAUCUGUGUAGUUAUGGAAGAGGAUAACUCUGUAUUUGAGGGUAAUUCGAGUCCAAGCAAUAAGGCCAAAGAAACUGAUACAAACCAUGUGAAUGGGUUGAAUGGUUUCUCUGAGAAGCAUAAAAGUCACAAGUCUGACCACAAAGACAGGCACAAAGAUAAAGACCGAGAUAAGGACAGAAGUAAAAGCAGAGACCACAAGAGCAGUAGGGACAAAGACAGGGAAAAGGACAGGCACCAUUCCAGUUCUAAGGAAAAGGAUCGUCACAGCAGUUCCCACAAAUCUUCCAGCAAAGAUAAGGACCGCAGUGACCGGGAUAAGGAUCGUAGUGAUCGUGAUAAGGAUCGUAGUGACCGUGACAAAAAUCGUGAUAAGGAUAAGGACCGCCACAGAGAUGAGAAAAAAUCAUCCAAAGACAAGGACAGGGAUCAUAAAAGUUCCCUGGACAAGGAUCAUAAAUCUAGUUCGCGAGAUAAAGACAGGGAGAAGGAUAAAGAACGACGUGACAAGGAUAAAGAGAAAGACAGGGACAAGAGCAAACACAGUUCCUCUCGGGAUAAGGAUAAGGAGAGACACAGUAGUUCGAAAGACAAGCACAGAGAUAAGGACAAGGAAAGGGAUAAGCACCACUCAAGCUCAAAGGAUAAAGACCGAAAGGAUAAGGAAAGAAAAACGGAAAAAGAGAAAACUUCAGAUGACAGUCAUAAAAUAAAAUCGGAUAUAAAAGAAGAAUCAGAAGCACUAGAUAAUCCUACUAAGGAAGAAAGCACAGACGACGAUGAAUACAAAUUGGUUAUCAAGGAUGAACCUGGUAGCCAGGACGAAGCAGACGACGCAGGGGACGUCAACAUUUCUGCCGCUAGUAGCUGCGACUAUAACUUGUCGCAGUUUAAGAAAGAAGAAUCUCAAUUUUCGGAAGGGGAAGAUCAAUUAGAGGAGGACGUGAAAGUCGAGCCAAAAGAAGAACCGGAUAGUGAUGAGGAUAUACCUCUGGUAAGUAUGAAGUUUGUUAAAGAUUAUGUGAAAAAAAAUGCCGGUUUUUAUAACAAAUAUCUUUCACCUUUGAUGCUUAGCAAUGAAUUAUAUUAUAAGGUUAGGUUGGAGGGUGCAUAUCUACCAAAAAGUUCAAUUGAGUUGUGUGAAUCAGUGUACAGAAAUCCUAAUGAUGAAGAAACACAUGAACUGCUGAAUAAUGAUUUUCAAAGGGUUCGAAAAGUUCUGAAAAGGUGGGAGGAAGAGAAGAAAGAUGAUGGCGUCAAGUGGAAAUUCCUGGAGCACAAAGGUCCCGUUUUCGCUCCGCCUUACGAACCCCUACCCAAAGAUGUCAAGUUUUAUUACGACGGUAAAGAAGUACAGCUUUCCCAAGACGCCGAAGAGGUAGCUGGCUUCUAUGCGAAAAUGCUCGAACAUGAUUACACCACCAAAGAGGUAUUCAACAAAAAUUUCUUCAAAGACUGGCGGAAAGUUAUGACUGAGAAAGAAAGGGAAUUGAUCACGGACUUGAAGAAGUGUAAUUUCAGAAAGAUGCACGCGUACUUCAUGGAUCAGUCAGAGAAGAACAAAAACAGAACGAAGGAGGAGAAACAACAGCUCAAGGAAAAGAACGAGGCCCUCAUGAAGGAGUACGGGUACUGUACGAUUGACGGACACAAGGAGAAAAUCGGAAACUUCAGGAUAGAACCUCCCGGUUUGUUCAGAGGCAGAGGCGAACAUCCCAAGAUGGGCAAGCUGAAAAAGCGACUGGAAGCGGAAGACAUUAUAAUCAACUGUAGUAAGGACUCUGUCAUCCCCGAACCGCCCGAGGGGCACAGAUGGAAGGAAGUACGACAUGUCAAUACGGUGACGUGGCUGGCUUCCUGGACAGAAAACGUUCAAAACCAAGUAAAAUACAUCAUGUUGAAUCCUAGCUCGAAACUCAAGGGCGAGAAGGAUUGGCAAAAGUAUGAGACGGCCAGGCGGUUGCACAAGUCCAUCGAUAAAAUCAGAAACGAAUACCAGAGAGACUGGAAGUCGAAGGAAAUGAAGAUAAGACAGAGGGCGGUGGCUCUGUACUUCAUUGACAAGCUGGCCCUGAGAGCGGGUAAUGAAAAAGACGAAGAUCAAGCUGAUACAGUGGGCUGCUGCUCUCUCCGAGUCGAGCACAUAGAGCUGCACGAGAAGAGAGACGACAAGGAGUAUGUGGUGGUAUUCGAUUUCCCCGGUAAAGAUUCCAUUAGGUACUACAAUGAGGUGCCUGUCGAGAAGAGGGUCUUCAAGAAUCUUCAGCUCUUCAUGGAGAACAAGAAGAAUGGCGACGAUCUCUUUGACCGCUUGAACACGGCAAUCUUGAACAAGCACUUGAAUGAGUUGAUGGAGGGGCUGACCGCCAAAGUGUUCCGUACGUACAACGCCUCGUGGACGCUGCAGCAACAGUUGGAUCUGCUGACGAACGAGGACGAUACGGUAGCCGAGAAGAUCCUGGCUUACAAUCGGGCGAACAGAGCGGUAGCCAUUUUGUGUAACCAUCAACGGUCUGUGCCGAAAAGUCACGAGAAGUCCAUGGAAAAACUGAAGGAGAAAAUCGAUGCGAAAAGGGAAGCCAUCAAAGAUGCCGAGAGACAAGUCAAGGACGCCGUUCGUGACGCCAAGCACGGCAGCGUCAAGGAAAAAGUGGUAGCUGACAAAAAGAAGAAGCUCCUACAGCGCCUCAAGGAGCAGCUUGGCAAACUCGAGAUCCAGGAAACGGACAGAGACGAGAACAAGACAAUUGCCCUCGGAACGUCCAAGCUGAACUACCUUGACCCGAGAAUCAGCGUGGCGUGGUGCAAGAAAUACGACGUGCCCCUGGACAAAAUCUACAACAAGACUCAACGUGAUAAAUUCAGGUGGGCCAUCGAUAUGGCCGGGCCUGAUUAUCGAUUCUAGAUAGGUAGAUUUUUAUUUUUUUAAAAACAUUAUUUAAUCAGACGGACUUCAUUUAAAUAUACAGGCUGAACAAAUUGGACAGAUUUCAAAGGUGUCACGGAAGUCGGUGGAUGACUGUUGAGAGAUAGCAUAAAAAUUAUUGGAAAGAGGAGUUUGAAAGUUGUUUUAGGAAAAUGGAUUUUUUUUGCAGUUCCAAUUUUUUUUUUAUUUCAGAACUUCACUGUCAUUGAGUAAAGAUUUUGAAAGAUCAUCAGAAAACUGUGUUGCAUCGUUAGCUAAUUGCUCAUCAAAACCGUGGGUGGAUUUUUCCCAAUUUUGCUGCAGAACGGAGGGGAAAGUUUGUGAAUUCACUGAAUGGCAUUUCAAAGUUGAGAAUGUAGUUUCAAUUUUGAUUAGUUGAAUUUAAAUACAUUUUUUUAUUCACGUUUUUCUUGGGAGAGCAACGAUGGUACAAUCGUCUCUGCGGGUGAAGUUUUCAAAAUGUAAAAUGUUCAAACGUUAUUUGUUGUCUUUUAUUAUGAAAUAUGAAACAUAAGAUCGUGCAGGAGACGGUCAACCAAAAGUACACUUAGAGUGCUUGAGAAAUGAGAAAAAAAUAAGGGGAAAGACCUUUCGAAGGUCAGUACCUAAAACACGGAAAGAAGGUCGUAAAAUUAAUCACUCAAAUGAGAAAAGUGAUGGUAAAAUAGGAAGAAAACUUGAUGAAAUCUCAUGAGAAAGUUGAGUAGAAUAUGUAAAGGUUCAAAGCGCAUAAAAAUACGGGAGAGCGCGAUAAGAUGAAUCGAAUAAAAGACAAAAUUUGUCAAAGGGUGAGAUGUGACAAAAUAUUGAGUCAGGAAAGCGCAUAAAAUGUAAAAAGAGCACUCAAGAAAGGAAUGCAAGUUCAUGAAAAUAGGGCAAAGUUAAUGCUCUGUAAUAAAUUGGGGAGCAUACAAUAUGAGGGGGAAAAAUUUCAGAGCACAGUAAAUAUUUGAUGUGAUGAAUAGAUUGUAUGACCGGUACAAGGAAAAAAGCAGUAAUUUUGAAGUAGGGAGAGAUGGAGAAAAAACACUGAAAGAUAAUUGUUGAAAACAGAAUUGACAAAAAAUAAACAUCUGACGUGGGGCUUUUGACUGCUCCCGGCUGGUUGGGAACAUUUUGUUUGGAUGUAUCAAUUUAUUAUUGUAAUUUGUUAGAAACAGACUUAUUUGUUGAGUUUAUUGAUUUCAGGAUACAUAGAAAAGCUGAAAAAACUCGUUAGAUGAAAUGAAAAUAAUUGUAAUUGAUUUUUCAAAGACUAUUCAUUAUAUUUCUAGUAAUUCUGGAGAGAUAAUCAAUUUUUAAAUCUUUGAAAAAGUUGACUUGACUGCCACUCAGCGAAACAUAAAAAUACUUCACUGACUAGGCAUCAUUUUGGAUAAAUUAAUUUUCAAAUGAAUUACUCGAAUCAGUUGUGUGACAUCUAGAAUUUUUCUUUAAGAAACACCAAACAUAUCACGAAACUUUUACUAACAUUGACUGUACAAAUAUAUAUAUUUUUAAUUUGCUCCGAAUAAUUCGGCACAUCCACCCACUUCCUUGGAAAGAAUCGAGUGACGCUUUAAAUCAAUUGGAUCCCUUCAUAUUUUUAAGAUUAAAUUAUUGAUAGUGAUGUUUAAAGUUUUAUUUAAGUGAACGACUAUUUCCGUAUUGUGAAUGUGCGCAAGAUAUGAAAUAUCUCUGUACAAAUAAAUAGUAUCAAUUGAGUAAAUUUUCGAUUAUGAUUGAAUUGUUAUUAUUUGUAUUUCUACUUACGAAAGUGCGAGUGGGGGAAUAGAUUAUUAUUUUAUGUGUAAUGACCAAUUUUUAGUUUGCUGUUGUCCAGACAGAGUUGUAGUAUUCAAUCUGUAUAUUACAGAUUUUAUUAAAUGAAAACUAUGGCAAA